CUGCUACUGCAGCAUGUAGGUUAGGUACACAUUAGUACAAUAACUGGACAAUAACAGGAGAUGACUUCUCGUGUUUCACAAACACUUCAACUUUUCAGUGUAAUGCCAAGCCAGAAGUGGAGCACAUCUAAUGAUCCACAAGCGCAAAACAUCCUUGUCCCUGUCGUGCCUUAGAUAUUACCAGCUGUGACCUCCUAUAACUUGACAAUUACCUACAAAUAUAUGCAUUUCUCAACUUGGGAAACUCUCACGAGACUUUAGUUUCCCUUUAAUAUUCACCAUCCCGUCCAUCAUGGUCGCAGCAACGCUCGGGUAACAACCAAACUCAGCUACCUUUCAAGUAUUGUUAGGCGAACGAAUUACUAGACAGAACCGUACGAAAAUCCCCGAAAAUCCCAGAAAAUCGCAACGAAGAUCGAAACCAUAUUACUUCGAUACUACGUUGCGCAAAGCUGACUAGCUGACAAGACGCCUGGGCGCGAAAGUGACGAUUCGACAACUACAUUGACGAAGCCCGGGCUAAUUGCCCUCAUAAACGGUACAAAAUGUCGAGAUGGAUGGGACAGCCCUCUAUCAAAGGGAGCACCGAGGCCAUGCGAAUGGCUUUGCUGACGCUUAACACUAUCGGCAUUACAUUCGUUUGGGGCGUAGAGCAAACUUAUUGUACACCUUACCUCCUAUCCCUCGGUCUCACAAAAAGUUCGACUUCCUUGGUAUGGAUUGCUGGGCCGCUUUCUGGACUAAUCGUCCAGCCGAUAGUCGGCGCCCUCGCGGACGAGUCGAUAUCGCCAUGGGGACGACGGAGGCCUUUCAUAGUUGUCGGGUCCAUCUUGUCAGCUUUCUGUCUGCUCACUUUGGGGUUCACUAAGGAAAUUGUUCGUUACUUUGUUCCUGAUGAGAAGGCGGCGCAAAGCAUGACCAUAUUCACUGCUGUGUUGGCCAUAUACGCAGUUGAUUUCUCGAUCAACGUGGUGAUGUCUGCGGCGAAAAGUCUCGUCGUUGAUACGCUUCCAAUCGAAAAGCAACAAACCGGAUCUGCUUGGGUUAGUAGAAUGUCAGCCAUUGGCCAUGGAAUCGCUUACGCGACUGGCGCCAUCGAUUUGCCUGCACUCCUCGGGGAUUCCCUAGGCAACACACAAUUCCAACAAUUGACCGUCAUAGCUGCGUUUGGACUUGUUUUUACUUGCGGGGUUACUUGCUGGGCCGUGACAGAAAGAAUCCUACUUGCUACAAGACACGACUCCCGCAAGCAGGGCGGAGGCUUCAAGCUAGUCGGUCAGAUCUGGUUCACCAUUGUAAACCUCCCACCACGCAUACGCGCGAUAUGCAUGGCUCAGUUUUGGGCGUGGAUUGGGUGGUUCCCAUUCCUCUUCUACAGCACCACAUGGAUAGGUGAAACCUACUUCCGUUAUGAUGCCCCCCAUAGUGCGAAAGAUUCAGGCGAUGCGCUGGGAGAAAUCGGUAGAGUCGGAAGUGAGGCCUUCAUCAUCUAUUCCAUCAUCACGUUCUUCGGUUCAUGGAUCCUGCCCAUGAUUAUCAAGUCUCCGGAUGACGAGAGUUACACCCAGCGACCCCCUGCGAGCCUCAAACCCAUCGUGGAAGGAUUGAACAAAUACAAGCCGGACCUUUUAACUGCGUGGGUUUGCGCUCAUGCGACGUUUGCGGCAGCCAUGUUGUUCGCACCAUUUGCAACGAGCUUUAGAUUUGCGACUAUUUUAGUUUGCAUAUGCGGAUUGCCUUGGAAUAUAGCGUCAUGGGCGCCUGCUGCUUUCCUCGGGGUUGAGGUUAAUAAGCUUAGCGGUGCAGCCGGACCCAACGGCUCGCACCGUCAUAUGUCGCGUGAUUCGAACGUGGAAUUAGGAGACAUGAAUGGAUUAGCUAAACAUCCCAUCCUCGACUCGGAAAGCUCUCCUGCUUCUUCAAAGACGGGCCAGACGGGCCAGUUAUCAGGUGUUUACUUUGGCAUUCUUAACAUCUACACGACGAUACCUCAGUUCAUCGGCACGAUCAUCAGCACCGUCGUUUUUACCCUUCUCGAGCCAGGGAAAAGCCCUGAGUUAGCUCACAAUGCGAAACCAGAGGAACAACACGGCACUGAUGGUCCCAACGCGGUGUCUGUGUGUCUGUUCAUCGGCGCCUGCAGUGCAAUUAUGGCUGUAUUUGCGACCAGGAAGCUCAGACAUCUGUAGGAUCCAUGUGUUGUUCAGUGUAUUAAUAUUUUUGCAUAAAUAGAUCCGAGACACCAUGUACUACGAGGUAAAACUUCUUUCUCCCUAUAGUUGAAGACGAGAGGACAAAACAACUGGUUAUAAUGUUGGAUUAUUCGGGUGAGUACUUUGUAAGCCAUGAAUUAGAUAGGAGCAGGCGCGGCGUUCAGAGCCUCGGGCGUUUUAGUAUAAGGAGGUCAUCACUUUUAGAUUUUAUUUGAAUUACACUUGCUGUGGCAUGACCACCAAAAUUUGUUCGCGGAUGUAAAUUUUAUAUUAUGAUUGAUUGGUUUCAAGGAAGAAUGAGGAGGUGCCCUACCUAGGGUAGGUAGCUUGAAUUGAUGGAUUCAGGGGUUCAAUAUCCGCAUCGAUGCUACCACAUGCUAGCGCACAGUAGUUAGUAGUUACCUUAGCGGGAGACGCUCAAUAGAGUUCCCACCAG